AUGGCGGUUGCACAGUUAGUCUCCCUUUUUGAGGCUCUCGACAAGGAAGCACCCAUUAAACCUAUACCCAGCAGCUUUCGAAACCAACCUUCUUCUUCGAGGGUCCGUCUUUCUCUGCAGACCAUGUUCAGUCAUAGUCCUUUACGUCGAUCUCCAAAGAGCUCUAGUAACAUGAGCUCGACUCCCUCCUCUUCUAUUCGGUCCUCCCCCAGUUCAACAUUCAGUAGCUUUGGGAGCCGGGUGCGGAUACCCCCACCCGACCUCAAUAAUACGCUUUCUCCCACAGCCACCACCACAUCGGUAUCGAGUCCGAGAACUUAUAUUCGUCGACAACCUUCGGCUAUUGACUUAGCCCUGGAGGAAGAAAAAUACGCCGAUGAGGCAGAGAUCAUUGGGUUGGGACUGCUCGAACCAAGACCAGGAGCAACCAUCUCUCCCAGCACGUCGUCGGCUCAAUGCUCGAUGAUGGAAUUCAUGAAUGAAACCAUGCAGACUCCUGUGGUUCUGGAUGGAAUAUUUGAAGUGAUGGAACGUGCAUAG